ACUGUMCUUUUCAGGUGUGGAGGAACAGUUGGUGCCAUCUUUACGUGUCCCUUAGAGGUGAUAAAGACAAGGCUUCAAUCUUCCAAACUGGCCUUCAGGACUGUCUACUACCCCCAGGURCAGCUGGGCACCAUCAGUGGGGAAGGAAUGGUCCGGCCAACGUCCGUGUCCCCUGGGCUCUUCAGUGUCCUCAAGUCAAUUCUAGAAAAAGAAGGACCAAGGUCACUCUUCCGAGGGCUGGGUCCAAACUUGGUUGGAGUUGCACCAUCAAGAGCUGUCUAUUUUGCAUGCUACUCCAAAGCUAAAGAGCAGUUUAACAGCAUGUUUGUGCCCAACAGCAACAUAGUGCACGUCUGUUCUGCAGGUUCUGCAGCCUUUAUCACAAAUUCCCUGAUGAACCCUAUAUGGAUGGUGAAAACAAGAAUGCAGCUGGAACGGAAAGUGAGGGGCUCCAAACCAAUGAAUGCUUUGCAGUGUGCUAGAUAUGUUUACCAGACAGAAGGUAUCCGUGGCUUCUAUAGGGGUCUGACUGCCUCCUAUGCAGGGAUUUCUGAGACCAUUAUCUGCUUUGCUAUUUAUGAAAGUUUAAAAAAGCACUUAAAGGAAGUCCAACUGCCCCCUUCUUCUAACGGGACCGAAAGGAACUCGACRAGCUUCUUUGGACUGAUGGUUGCUGCUGCUGUUUCCAAGGGCUGUGCCUCUUGUAUUGCUUAUCCUCAUGAGGUCAUCAGGACAAGGCUGCGAGAGGAGGGCACCAAGUACAAGACCUUCAUCCAGACAGCUCGGCUGGUGGCUCGGGAGGAAGGCUACCUGGCCUUCUACAGAGGACUCUUUGCCCAGCUCAUCCGGCAGAUUCCAAACACAGCCAUUGUCUUGUCCACCUACGAGUUAAUUGUGUAUCUCUUAGAAGACCACGCAAAGUAGCAGAGCCGAGGCUCCUGUUACAGACUGAAGACCAAUUUCUUCCUUGAACAAAUAGUCCUUUAAGAGACUGGUGCAGGUUGCAGUGCUGGUGAAAAAAGCUACAAGUCUGUGAUCACCUGUGGAUAUUUCCUUUUGGACUCAUGCUUUCUAAAAGGUCUCAAGUCAUUAAUGUUAAUAGUUAAUUAUAAUUUUUUUUAACUUGAUAAUUAAACUGCUACUAAAUUAAAUUACACUAUUUAAUUUAAUUAUAUGUUUGUCCUUUUCCUUAAGCACAGCCAUAUGUGGUCAAGGAAUGUACCUCAUACUAUCAAGUGAUCUCUUGGACUUAUGUUCAUUAAAACUGUAUUAAAACAGGAGAACU